AUGAAUGGUGUAGCUGAAAGAAGAAAUAGAACCUUGCUGGACAUGGUUACGAGCAUGAUGAGUAGCUCCAAACUUCCAAUUUCUCUAUGGAAAGAAGCACUCAAGACAGCUGUAUACAUUCUAAACAGGGUUCCAACAAAGAUAGGAAUUGAUCACAUAGAAGAGACCAAUAGCACAAAUGGUGAGGGAACAUCAAUUGUCAAUGACUCUUCUUUAGUUAGAGCUGUCAUACAACAUGAUGUGGAUCCCAUAACUCAAGUUGAUGAUGCUAGACAUCAAGAAUAUAUGCAAGCUGACCAACCUGUCAUAGAAGUAGAACCAUCACAGAAUGUGACAGAGGAUGUUCCUGAUGAGCAACCUCAGCCGACUCAAGAAGUUGAACUGAGAAGGUCAACUAGAGAGAGAAAGCCGGCAUUGCCUAGUGACUACGUUGUGUACUUCACUGAAAUUGACUAUGAAAGAUAUGGGUGA